CUCUGAUUGGCUGGGGGUGACGUCAGGUGCUUUUUUUUCAAGGCAUGACCUCAUCCUCAGUUCAUUUUUAGUUCUAAAGUGCAACCUUCUGUCUUCCUGGAUCCCUUCGGCCCUGUUAAUGCUUAUCUGUGCCAUCCACCCCCACCACCCCCUUUGUGCAGGGACAUGCCUGCCCCUCACUUACUGGGCUAGUAUUAUGACUACAUUUCAGUGUGGGUGCCUGUAUGUGUUUGCAAGGGGCUAGAACUUGCAUCAUCAGCACUGGCACCAGCCUUGCAGGGCUUCUCAUUUGAUCAUCCUGUAAUUGCAUUUAAUUAUCCUGACGAAUGUGCAGAAAUUUGCCAUCAGCUGGAGAACCUCAGGAGCUCUGAUUCCCCCGGCUGCAGAGGAAACACGGGAGGGUUCGGCACGAUGACUUGGCAUCCUGGGCUUUAGCGGCGUGGCAAGAUCAGGACAGGUGCUGCCCUGCUCGCGCUGUAUCCCACUCCCUCUCCCCUUUGGGAGAUCUGUGCUGGCUUCCCUGCCCCUGGCCUUCCCUCCCUUCCUCCCAGUCACUGCGGAGGGGACGGGUCCAUUAUGGCCGGGGACAGACUCCCACGCAAAGUGAUGGAUGCUAAGAAGCUGGCCAGCCUCCUGAGGAACGGGGCCGAGGGCACCUUGGUCAUUGACAGCCGCUCCUUCGUGGAGUAUAACUCCUGGCACGUCCUCAGCUCCGUCAACAUCUGCUGCUCCAAGCUGGUCAAGAGGCGGCUUCAGCAGGACAAAGUCUGCAUCACGGAGCUCAUCCAGCCAGCCUCCAAGAUGAAGGUGGAGGCGGAAGAGCACCAGGACGUGGUGGUCUAUGACCAGAGCACACGGGACGUGAGUGGCUUGGCUGCCGACAGUUUCCUCUCCAUCCUCCUGGGCAAGCUGGACAGCUGCUUCCACAACGUCUCCAUCCUCACAGGGGGCUUUGCCACCUUCUCCUCUUGCUUCCCAGGACUCUGCGAAGGGAAACCAGCUGCCAUCUUGCCAAUGAGCAUCUCCCAGCCGUGCUUGCCAGUGGCCAAUGUUGGCCCCACCCGCAUCCUGCCUCAUCUCUACCUGGGCUCCCAGAAAGAUGUCCUAAACAAGGACCUGAUGACUCAGAAUGGAAUAAGCUACGUCCUCAACGCCAGCAACUCCUGCCCCAAGCCAGACUUCAUCUGUGACAGUCACUUCAUGCGCAUUCCUGUCAAUGACAACUACUGUGAGAAGCUGCUUCCCUGGCUGGACAAGUCCAUUGAGUUCAUUGACAAGGCCAAGGUAUCCAGCUGCCAAGUGAUAGUGCACUGCUUGGCAGGGAUCUCCAGAUCAGCCACCAUUGCCAUCGCCUACAUCAUGAAGACCAUGGGCAUGUCUUCAGACGACGCCUACAGGUUUGUCAAAGACCGACGCCCAUCCAUAUCGCCCAACUUCAACUUCCUGGGCCAGCUCCUGGAGUACGAGAGGAGCCUGAAGCUCCUCAAGGCCUUGAAGGCCCAAGGUGAUAGGAAUGAGGGGGAUGCCCAGCCAGACCCGGCUGAAGUGCCUGAGAGCAACAGGCACCUGAAGCUUUCUACCUCAGAAAAGGCCGAGGACAUAUCGAAAAGCACAAGCUUGGCACCCUCCCGCAGUGAGCCAGCAGGAGCUCCCAAAAUUGUCUCACCCACAGCACUACAGCAAGGACUCAACGGCCUACACCUGUCCUCGGAGCGCAUCCAAGACACCAACCGGCUAAAGCGCUCCUUCUCCCUGGACAUCAAAUCAGCCUACUCCCCCAGCCUGAGGCAGGACACCCCAGGCCCCGCUGACACCGGGGAAGCCCCCAAGCUUUGCAAGCUGGACAGCCCUUCUGGACCUAACGGCUUGUGCCAGUUCUCGCCCGUGCCGGAUAGUCCCGACUGGCCCAGUGGGCCGGACUUCCUGCUGGAAGCCAAGGUGAGGCAGAGGCGGAAACACAGGCAUCAGGCAGGCUCCCCUGCCCACGGGAUGAGCCUCAAUUUCAGCGGGGUGUGUGCGAUGCACAAAAGCACCAGCGUGGAGGACAAUCUCAAGCAGACACUGCGGCUGAGCCUCCCUGGCGUGGGACAGCAGCCCACACAGCCAGCUGCGGCACCAAACUCUGCUGGCGGAGGGGGGGUAGGCGCCUGGGGUGUGCAUUUGGAAUCACCCAGCACCCCAUCGUCGGAGAGCCCCUGGUACUUUGGCACAGACUCGGCAAUGGGCAGCGGCAGUGGCGGAGGGAGCGGGGCCUUGUUUGCCAGUGCUGCCUCAUACUCCUCUUUCAGCUGCAGCACCCUGCAGGGCAGCUGCGAGAUCAGGUUGAGGGACAAGCAGAGGGCGGAGCAGAGGGACGGGCGGCACAGCUGGCACGAGGAUACUGCCGCGGAGAAGCAGUUCAAGAGGAGAAGCUGCCAGAUGGAGUUCGAGGAGACCAUGUCAGAGGGCAGGUCCCGGGAAGACCUGGGCAAAAUAGGCAAACAGUCUAGCUUUUCAGGCAGCGUGGAGAUCAUUGAGGUGUCCUGACAUUCAUCCUGGGGCAUUGGAGAGUGAGAUAUUUAACUGGGAAGAGGCCAGGUGGGGGUGGGGUGGGGACAGUAUUUAUACCCGUGUGUGUAUUCGCAGGUGCGCACACGCCAAAAUGAAACAAAGAUGAAUGAAUCCAAAGUCAGGAAACAUGACUGUGCAUGCUUAGUGCCCCUCCCCCUUGCUCUCUUUUUGCCCUUCCCCACCCUGGCUGCAUUCCCUUUUGGGAGGGACGAGCCUAUUAACCCUUUCACCCCUGGAUUCUCUGCCCCCUGGGCAGAAAGUGACUCGCUGGGGUGAUGGAAGAGCGGAUCUUUGACUGAAGUGGAGGAGAUGCUCGUCAUAUCUGAGCACCCCAGCGGUGUCAUUCUCAGCUUAAAAUUCUGAGCGGGGUUUAAUAUUUUCUCUGCAGAUGUGCAGUCAAAAAGUAGGGGUGUCUUCAUUUAGAAGAGAGUGUUAUCCUGACCAAUGGGAAAUGGCAGAGGCUUUGCUCACUCCAGCUCUCGUUCUUUUGUAUCAGGGUGGGGGACGGAAUGUAGGUGGCUCCCUCCCAAGGGUGGGGUGGGUACAUUUGCAUUAGCUCCUCCCCCUCAGCCUUUUUCUCAUCCUGGUGCACUAAGCAUGCUCUGCCUGUGUUUUUUCUGGCUAAGUAUCUUAAUAAUGCUGCACUACUGCAGCCUAUACAUAUAUAAAUAUAUAUUAUAUAUAAUAUAAAAAAACCCACACAAAGAAAAAGGUAAAUGGUUUUACUGCAAUUUUUAUUGAGACGUAAAUAAUAUUUCAGUGGUUUUGUUUUUAAUUUAUUGAAGCUGUUCAUUCUGGCAAUGAUUUGCAGACAUUGUGGGGCGGUACUUUCAGCUCUAUUUUUACUGUCUAUGGUAUUUAAAUCUGAAACACGAGUUUCUAAGCAAUA